AUGUUGGAUUCCUCGCAGCUCGAGUUCGAUAUUGUCAUAGCUGGGGGUGGCACUAGCGGAUGUGUCGUUGCAAGCCGCUUGGCAGCGGCAGAUCCGAGUCUGAGCAUUCUGGUCUUGGAAGCAGGGCCGCCUACCCGCGAGGACCUAGCGCACAUCCAGCCGGCUCGAUUUCUAACCCACCUUCAAGCCAACAGCACUACCGUCAAAUUCAAUGUCGGGAAGGAGAGCGAGGAUCUGGGCGGUCGGGCACCUGUCGUACCUUGCGGCCAGUGUCUGGGCGGCGGCUCCAGUGUGAACUUCACGAUGUACAAUCGCCCAUCCGCGUCCGACCUCGAUGACUGGGAGAAUGUUCACGGGAAUCCGGGUUGGGGCUCCCACGACAUAAUCCCCCUUCUCCAGAAGAUGGAGACAUAUCAGGCUCAACCAGGACUAGAGACCCAUGGAUACUCCGGCCCCCUCAAGAUAUCAUAUGGCGGCUUAUCCACUCAAUCAGGAAAAGAGUUUCUUGACGUUGCUGCACGCUACGACAAUACGCGACCAUACAUAGACGACCCGAAUGGACUCUUCGAAGUAAAUGCAUACGGAAAUUGGCAUCUGAACAAUAAUUCUAGAAGUGGCAGAAGUGCGCCUACAGUCUUUGGCAUGCUCCCAAGCAUACUCACAGAGCUCAGAUUUAUCGAUGCCGAAACGGGCAGACGGUCAGAUGUACCUCACAACUACAUCUAUAAUCAGAACUUCGAGAACCUCACGGUUCUCACGGGGCAUCUCGUAAAGCGCAUCCUCUUUGAAUUCCACGGCAAAGCCGAAGACGUUGUGCACGUCGCCCGUGCAAAACGGCUCGUUGUAGUGUCUGCUGGGGCCUUCGGAUCCCCUGCAAUACUCGAAAGAUCUGGAAUAGGAUCAGAGGCCCUUGUGCGCUCCCUGGGGAUCACCCCGACCGUCGAUCUACCCGGAGUCGGGGAAAACUACCAAGAUCACAUCGUAAUCUUCACCACAUAUUACGCAGACGACAGUGUAGAAACACUUGACGGCAUCUUGCAAAGCAAACAGGAUGAGCUCAGCAAAUGGACCACACAGUGGAACCAAAAUGGAACAGGUCUGAUGGCUACCAAUGGUAUUGAUGCGGGGGUCAAAUUGCGCCCGUCAGAUGAAGAAUUGAAGGACAUUGGCCCUGGAUUUCAGCAACGGUGGAAGGCAUACUUCGCCAAUGCUCCCGACAAGCCGAUCCUGUGGACCGGGAUAGGGGCAUUAUUUGUCGGCGACUUCACAGCCGCACCCGCGCGGAAAUGCUUCUCCACGCCCUACUUUGUCACCUACCCUUGCUCUGUAGGCUAUGUACACAUCACAUCCGCCGACAACACCGCAGCCCCCGCGGACUUUGACCCCAGAUAUCUCAGCUGCCCGGAGGACUUGUUACUCAUGAGGUGGGGCUAUAAGUUCAGCCGCGAGCUCGCACGUCGCCUGCCCUCCUACCGAGGAGAACACCUCGCAAGCCACCCUAUCUUCCCGCCCGGUAGCAAGGCCAUCUGCCACGCUGAUGCUCGCCCAGUCGACAUCUCGGAGGUGGACAUCGCGUACACCACAGAAGACGACGAGGCUAUAGAUAUAUACAUUCGCAAGACAGUGGCGACGGCUUGGCAUUCGCUCGGCACAUGUACGAUGAGGCCACGCGAGAAGGGAGGUGUCGUUGAUUCCUGCCUCAAUGUAUACGGCGUCCAAGGAUUGAAGGUUGCUGACAUGUCGAUCGCCUCUGCUAAUGUCUCCUCGAACACCUAUGCUACUGCUCUGGCGAUCGGCGAGAAAGCAGCGGUGAUAAUCACGGAGGAGCUCGGGCUCAUUUAA